GCUUGGCAGAGACGUUUUAACCAUUUCUUUCUAUAUAACUUAGCACAGAGAGGAGAAGAGGGAGGAACAAAGCCCUUACAUUUCUCAUGAACUCUGGAGUCGUGUUGGGUUUCUAUUGUUGGGGUUGGGAGUUCUUAACUGCCCUCCUUCUCUUCUCCCCUUAUCAUCUUUAAUCUCCUUCUUUUAAUUAUCCUCUUCUUUUCUUCUAGCUCGAUCUCUCUCUCUCUCUCUUUGUCAGAAGUAGUUCAGUUCCAAUAUUAGAUACUAAGUAGAUGGAGGGUGUGUGUGAUGAGCAGAAGGGUUUGUUGGAAUAUGUUAGGAAGUCAAGCCCGCCACCUUUCCUGUUGAAGACCUACAUGCUGGUGGAGGAUCCAGCAACGGACGACGUGAUAUCCUGGAACGACGAUGGGUCGGCGUUCGUGGUGUGGCAGACGGCGGAAUUUGCCCGGGAUCUCCUCCCAACACUCUUCAAGCACAGUAACUUCUCUAGCUUUAUCAGGCAGCUAAAUACUUAUGGAUUUCGCAAAGUUGCCACAAACAGGUGGGAGUUCUGCAACGACAAGUUCCGAAAGGGCGAAAAGGAUCAGCUAUGUGACAUCCGUAGAAGAAAAGCAUGGGCCACCAAGCCACAGCCGAUCAACAAUGCAGUAACCGAGAAAGCUGGAGCAGCUGCACUACUACCAAAUGAGUUUGAUGAAGACCAAAGGUCCUCCUCAACUUCAUCAUCAUCUGAGUUCUGCUCUCUCGUUGACGAAAACAAACGGCUGAAGCAGGAGAACGGCGUUUUGAGCUCAGAGCUUAUGAGCAUGAAACAGAAGUGCAACGAGCUUCUCCAUUUGGUGGCAAGGUAUGGAGACUCAGCUGAGAAAGAGGAGGAAGAUAAUGAAAGAGUUCCAAAGUUGUUUGGAGUGAGACUGGAGGUUGCGGGAGAGAGGGAGAGGAAGAGAAAGAGAGCUGAAAUUAGUAAAAACGCAAGCGUUUUACUAUCUCAAGCAUGCAAAUAAAAAAGUCGCAUCCAUUUAAUUGUGUAGAAAAAGAUUUCGAAUACAGUGACAUUUUAAAUAAGCUAGCCAUAGCUACUUAAAAUCAAGUGGCUUCGGUAGACUAAUCAAAUGACCAUACUUUUAAAUUAUUCAUGUAUGAAACGUAUGUAAAUUCUUAUACAUGCAGUGUUAAUUAGAACCAAAGGGGAUAAAAAAGGCAUCAGAAUUGUAAACUGGUACAACAUAUAUUUGAAAUGCUUCCAUUUGUUUAAA